AUGUCUUUACUUUUUAGACAAAAAUUCCCAUUUUUACGACUCACCAAAGCUCCCAAUGUAACAGUAUUUAGAAGAAUCAGUUCCGAAGUUUCGAAUUCCGUCUCUUCUAAUACUUCGAAAAAAGAAUCUGAAGACAAGGCCGUUAAAACAGCGCCCGAAACAACAAACGUUAUAAGUGCUGAUGUUAUUUCAGGAGCGCCUGAGGAACUUCAGUAUAGAACAGUAAAAAUCUAUAAACCUACCAGAACGGCAAUGCAAUCAGGAGAACAUAAUACUAAACAUUGGAGAAUAAAUUUUGAUAUUUUGGAGGGAGGUGAUAGAUGGGAGAAUCCGCUGAUUGGAUGGGCUAGCAGGUGA